UGUCUGGUCCUGUAACAUUUUAUCUGAAGAUGCAAGAAUUUCUGCUCGGCUUGCUUUCUUUCCUGUGUACUCUCAGAUGUUUAACAAGCGUAGACUGGGCUGUAGUUGUGCAACCUGAGGUCCGAGGCUCUAUGGGUAAAAAUGUGAUUCUCCCAUGUGUCUUCAAACACCCACGACAAAAUACUUACGCCAGCAAGAUCACUGUUAAGUGGAUACAGAACCGUGUUGCAAAGCCUAUAUUUCUCUGCAGUCUGCGCAACCAGACAGAUAGGCAGGAUCUUACUUGCUCUGAUCCAAGAUCACCGAAGCGAUUUUGGCUCCACGGUAACCCCAGAAGAGGAGACCUUUCAUUGGGUAUUAAUGACUCGCAGUUUACUGAUAUCAGUCGGUAUAUCUGCAGGGUGGAAUUGGACUAUGAGAGUUACCAGAGCAGGACCAGCACACUGCUUAAUAUCACAGCUCCAGCAGAGAUCCUCAAUCUAACUCUGGAUUUACAGGCUCAAGCUCAGGGUGGGAUGCUGAAAUGCAUUGCCCAGGGGAAUCCAAUACCAUCAGUGAAAUGGAUGUCUUUAGCUAAAUCGCAGGAAACUGUUCCAAUAUCCAAAACUGAGAAUAGCGACUACACAGUCAUCAGCUCAAUCCCAUUCUCUGGGCAGGAUGUGUUCACCUGCCAGGCUGUGAACUCACUUGGCCAGGCUGAGCGAACAUUUCCACCGAAGCCUCUGAAUGAUUCUGGUCUUCUGGUGUGGAUUAGUGCUCUGGGAUGUUUGCUGUUUCUUGGGAUGCUUGUUGUUGUUGGUGUUGUGGUAAAAAAGGGAAGAAAUGCCCAGAGUCACCUUACUUUGCAGACGGGGAAAAUCUGUAUAGAUCAGCCUAAUGACACACCAAUCUAUGCCAAUGUCAGCUAUGGUGAAAGACAUUUACCACUAGAAACACCGGUCAGAGGUUUGAAUGACCCAGUUUAUGGUCACAGUAAGGAGUCAACCUACAUCGAAAGGAGAUGAAUUGAUGUUGAAAGACGUGUUAUCUUUAACUGACAUCAUUCUCUCUCUAUUAAUUACUAAUAAAAUCUGUCUUACUGAUUGCUGAUAUUAAUGUCUGUAUAAAUUCAUUAGCCUACAUGUUAUGGUGUAAAUUUAGUUUCCACCUUUAACAGCUCAUUUGCUUAUGGCAGAACUUGUUCAUCCACUUACAGUGCUUUAAAAAAAUCUUAAAAGAUGCCUGACGGCUUUUUAAAAUAAUUAUUUUCAAGUUUUUACAAUUCACUUAUUUUCAACUAACUAGGCGCCUGCAGAUGUAUAUUUUCACGUGAUCUCUGUUAUUUUUUCUCACCGCUGGUCAGAAUAGACCAAUCACAGUCGUUUAUUAUU